AUGCCGCAGCCGUCGGAUGUGCCCACCUCCGGCCGGAGUGAAGAAGAAAUCGGCCGAAUAGAAAGACCGACUAGACUUAAUCGCAUUUCUCGACACCAAGUCGCAUCGCGCAUCAGUCAGUCUCUUGACUCUUUGAGUCCCCAUCGCCUCUUCUCCCGAUGCCCCCCAGCCUCAGCCGCCUCCCCUCUCCCACCUCUCCAGAGGCAGUGUCGGUCAGAUCCGGCAAGGGAGCAAUUGAAUUAUGCCAAGUAG